CAGCUGUAGACCCAGAGAUGUACAGACGGUGUGAUCACUGAGUCACAAGCUCUUCACGGAAACACAAACUCUUACCCCAACAGCGUGGGUUUUCCGUCAGUGGGGGUGUUCAGUUUUUUUUAUUAUUUCUAGUGAGAGAGGGUGAUGCUGUUCUCCGUUCACUGGGAAUGUAUUGACUGAGGAUCCAAAGCUCAGCCUUCCAGCUGGACCCUGCUGCUGCUGCUCUGCUCACUGCGCGGGGUUUAAACCAGGACACAAACACCUGAGCUCUCCCUGGUUGCUGUAUCUCGGACCCGCCCUCCAAAAUAAAGCCAUGAGGGUCUUUCUCCUGCUUUGCCUGCUGGCGAUAGGCAACGCCAAACCCUACGAGCCAAUCAAUGUCAUGGAAUUCAUGAAAAACUAUGACGUCAUGAUGGCUGAUUCAGCAGAUGAAGAGAGCGAUGAAGACGAGGAUGAUGAUAAUGACGAUAAUUAUGAAGAUGGGAACUGUCCCUCUGACUGCCGUUGCUCACCAAGAGUGGUGCAGUGCUCCGACAAAAGUCAUAUCUCUAUUCCUGAGAAGAUUCCUGAGGACACUGUGAUACUUGACCUCCAGAACAAUUACAUCACCGAGAUCAAGGAGAACGACUUUAAGGGCCUCAACAAACUUCAUGGCCUGUUUCUGAUCCACAAUAAGAUUUCCAAGAUUCACCCCAAGGCCUUCAGAAACAUGGAACACCUCAGACUGCUGUACCUCUCCUACAACCAUCUAACUGAGAUCCCCGCAAACCUUCCUCCCAACGUCAUCGAGCUCCGUUUCCACGAAAACAAGAUCAAUAAAAUCCAGAAGGAGGCGUUCAAAGGCCUGAGGAAAUUGCAUGUGCUGGAGCUGGGCGCCAACCCUCUGGCCAACGCUGGGAUUGAGUUUGGAGCUUUUAACGACUUGUCCACCCUGUACAUCGGUAUUGCAGAGGCCAAACUAACCACCGUACCAAAAGACCUCCCUUCUUCCAUCACAGAGCUGAGCCUAGACUACAACAAGAUCACUAAGGUGGAAAUAGAAGACUUCAAACGAUACAAAAACCUGCAGAGGCUAGGACUGGGCUUUAACCAGAUCAAGUCUGUAGAAAACGGCAGCUUUGCCAGCAUCCCGAGCAUCCGUCAGAUCCACCUGGACCACAACCGUCUGAAAAAGGUCCCACCGAACCUUGGCUCCAUGCGCUACCUCCAGAUGAUUUACCUCCACGGCAACAACAUCAACAGUGUGGGAGUCAACGACUUCUGUCCCAUGGAGCCCAGUUUCAAGAAGAACUUGUACACAGGCAUCAGUCUGUUUGCCAACCCUGUGAAAUACUGGGACAUCCAGCCGGCCACCUUCCGCUGUGUGAGCGGACGGAGAGGCGUUCAGUUCGGAAACUUCAGAAAAUAGUUUGGAAUGAAAACAAUGCGCUCAAGAGAGAACUAGCAUUAUCCUAGUGUCCAAAUUAGGAAGAAGUUGAAAACUAAUCUGAUAGAUAAAACAGGAUAAAAACUGGAUUCUGAAAAUGAAUUUUGCGUAUAAAUCAAGAUGUUGGUUAAGCUACCACAAGUAAAACAUGUUUUUGUAGCUGAAGAUCAAACACAGGGGGAGGACGUUAUAACUUGCAGUACAUUAUAAUCACAUUCAACACAAGUGCCCUGCUACCUUCGUGAGGUUUCUGUGAGGGGAUCCUUAGUUUUUGUCACUUGACUUUUCUGUGUAAACCUUUCCAGGAAUAAAGCGCCUCCCUCUGGUCACUUUUAGAGCACAACGACAGAAUCUACUGGCUUUUAAUGGGUUUAAGCUAUUUUCUUUCAAGUUUUAAAUUAGACAACAUUUAGAAUUCAAAAGCUUGAGUUGUUUUCUAAACCACAACAAACAUACUAAUUGUCCGUCUUAUGCCAUAUCUUUGCAUAUUAUAUUCAUGUAUUUUUUAAAUUAAGAUAUAUUAAUCAUCAUAGAAGAGUCACUAUAAGGCCAGAGUAUUACAUGACCCUAAAAACCACUUUCCUUCCAGCAGAAGUCUGUACUUGCAUUUUUAUUUAGUGCAAUAUGUCACUUUGAAGCUGUCUGUAUGUGGAUGUUUUAUAUUAUCUCGCUGCAUGUCUGUAUUGUCUUUAUUUAGAAGCGGAAUGCUUCAUGGAUCAUACAAGUCUUAGAAACCUAAAAGGUAAUUUUGUUUUAUUGAACUAUAGCAACCAAGUGAACUAGAGUUAUUAUAAAAAUGAUAAGCAGGUAAUGUAAUUCCCAAGCUGAGAGCAUCUUCCUUUUAAACUGUUUGUUUCUUUAAAUGCUUCUACUCUUAAAUGGUGCUAUAUUUAUUGAAUUUGCGAUCUAAUAAACCAGGAUUACCCCCCCCCCCC